CAAUUUAGCUAGUUCCAGGAACACGCGAGGAAACCGCAGGCAUGGCCAACAACCGCAUCUUCGACGAGUACAACCCCGCCGUCGAAUGGAGCCGCUCCGACGAGGCCGAUGCCGUCAGGAUCUCGCUCCCAGGGUUCAAGAGGGAGGACAUACGCGUGCUGGUGGACAGCCACGGCCACCUGCGGACGCGCGGCGAGCGGCACAUCGCCGGCAACAGGUGGAGCCGCUUCCAGACGGACGUCGACCUCCCCGCCAACUGCAACGCCGACGGCAUCCGCGCCAAGUUCGAGAACGACAGGCUCACCAUCACGCUGCCCAAGAGCACCUCCUCGGCGCCCAUUCCGGCGCCGCCGCAGAGGCCGCACGUGAAGGCGCCGUCGACGUCGUCGGAGAGGCUUCCGCCGGUGAUUGCUAAGCCAGUGGCGAGGCCUGCCGCGCCGCGGCCCCUGGUGCCGCCAGCGGCGCCGCUGGCUCCUCCUCCUUCCGUGAAGCCGCCCGCCGAGCCCAGGCCGUCGAUGCCGAAGAACCCGUACGCUUCCGUGCCGGCACCGGCACCAGCGCCGGCGCCGGCGCCGCAAGUGGAACAACCUGCAACCACCACCAAGCCCGCCGAGCCCAGGCCGUCGAUGCCGAAGAACCCGUACGCUUCCGUGCCGGCACCGGCACCAGCGCCGGCGCCGGCGCCGCAAGUGGAACAGCCUGCAACCACCACCAAGCCCGCCGAGUCGUCGCUGGGGGCUGUUCAGAGGCCGAAGGAGCAGGAGGACAGGCAGAGGAAGAGGGAGGAAGAGGGGAAGAUGGCUGAGGACAGGAAGGAGACGGUGCAGGAGAAGGACACGGUCACGGAGCAGCACCAGCAGCAGGAGGAGAAGGCAAUGCUGGCAGAGAAAGAGAUGGCGUUCGCGAACCAGCCCGGGCCGGCCUUCGCGAGCCGCGGCCUGCUGAUGAACGUGGCGAUCGCCGUGGUGGUGCUCCUCGGGGUCACCGUCCACUUGUGGCUUAGCCUGAGGAACGCCACUGGAGGCGCCGGCGAGCACGGCCACGGCCCACGGGCAGAUGGGGGCCGGUAGACAUACGACCACGCGAUGUGAACAGGGCUGACUCGAGCUGGGGCGUGAGUACACUGUACACACUACACAAUACACGUACACAGUACACUAAACUGAAAGGGGAAAUGGGAAAUAAUCCAAGUACAUACAAAAGAGGCGCGGUACAGUACAUACUCGUAUAUGCAUGCUGUUUGUUUAUCAUCUGGUUCCAAUUCUAUUAUCGGCCUUGUUUAUCU